CCUUGUCAUUAUGUUCGCUAUUUUGGUCAGCAAAGACAAUGAGUGAGGUUUUUCAAUGAUAUCAUACGAUUCGAUUAUAUUGAUUUAGAGCUUCGCAUUGAUAAUAACGAGGAUAUUUGUAGAUUCCUAAUGGCUAAUAAUUACCAGACGACCCAAGCCGUGUCGCCCCCCUUCCUCGAAGUCACCGGAAGACAUUGUCACGUGCCGCACGAUGCGGACCUAAAACAACUUUACUCUGAAAACGACCGUCUUCAGCAUGAAUUAGCGAGAGUAAAGUCUGAAUUGGACAGACAGAAGAGGACAUUAGUGAAGAGAGAAGAUAAACACAGAUCUGCCAAAAAAGAAUGGUUACGAGAAAAAGACAAAGAGACUGGCAAAUUACUUCAAGAAAUAGAAAAUCAGCAAAAGGUAAACGAAAUGCUACAAAAUGACCGAGAUGAAACAGAAAUUGACAUUAUACAAAAACAAAUAGAACUAGAAACAAGUGCAAAUCGCAUUGAAGAACUGGAAAGAGAUCUUGAAAAGAUAAAAGACGAGCUCGCUAAAGUAAAAUCUAAAAACCGUAUCCCAAGUUCAAAUCGCGAAUAUCAAAAACAGCAAAGAGAAUUGGAAAUAUCAAAGAAUCAAAUCGAUGAGCUGAAAUCAACACUGGAGGAAUUACAGCUGAAACUGAAGGAGAAAGAUGCUUUUAUUGAACACGUUAUCAAUGAAAACAGCGAUGUAAUCAGGAAAGUUCACGACGAAAUGUCUGAGAUGAAAGGAGAAAUGAAAGAAAUGAAGGAUAUGCUGGCUCAGUCUCUUUCUCAAAACCAGCAGGCACAAGCAGUCCAGGUUCUUCUACAGAACCAUCAGGCACAAGCAGCUCAGACUCUUCCGCAAGACCAGCAGUCACAAACAGCUCAAGCUCUUCCACAAAGCCAGGAGUCACAAGCAGCUCAGGCUCUUUCUCAAAACCAGCAGCCAGAAACAGCUCAGGCUCUUUCUCAAAACCGGCAGUCACAACAAGAUCCCAAAGCGGUAAAGGCAAAACCGACAAAGGCCAAGAGAAGGCCGUUAUGGAAAGAUGCACGAAACACUGCGAAAUAAUACACCGAUACAGUCAAGUGACUUUCAUAGCACGCCCGUAUAAUGCAACAUAAACAACAUGGACAAUUCUAACAUUACAUUUACAAAGUUCUGUUAAGCUCUUUGUCGUUCUUCUAUUAUCGUUCUUCAGAUAAUACAGUAUAAACUAUUUUUGAUACGAGUAGGUGUACGGUUAUCCAAUCAUUUAUUGAUAAAGCUAUUCUAUUUUGUGG